AGCGCGGUGCCAGGGAUGCCCAGAUUUGGGGUGAUGAGGUUGAGCCGAGCCAGGCAAGCAGUCCUGGGAUCCCCCCUGGCAUUGUCCCCCACCCACGAGGCUUGGGGACAGUGGAGGAUGCCAGGGGCCAGAUGGGGUCCAGUUGGGGACCGUGGUGCCCGGCGAAUGGGAUGCCCACCCAGGGGCAGCAGCUGGGUGCCACAGGAGGGGCUCGGCCAGGGUGGGUGCAGGGCCAGGGCACCGCAAUCCUAGGGUGCCCGUCCCCUCUUCCUGUGCCUGGGAACAGCCCCAGCCCCACACGGCUGUGUCUGCCGGCACCAUGGGGAGCACGUGGAGGUCCUGCGGUGUGUCCUGCCGAGAGGGACAGGAGGAGGGACGCUGUUCCUGGCAGUCAGGAGGUGGCCAUGUCCCCGAGGAGGCAGACAGAGAAGGGUUGUGUCCCCAAGCAGGCAGAGGGGGGUCCUGCCCCCAAGCAGGUGAAAGCAGCCACAGCCCCAAGACAGGCAGAGGGGGACCCCAAGGAGCCAGAAGAUGCCCAUGUCCCCAAGCAGGCAGAGGGGGACCCUGUCCCCAAGGAGCCAGAAGAUGCCCAUGUCCCCAAGCAGGCAGAGGGCGACCCUGUCCCCGAGGAGCCAGAAGAUGCCCAUGUCCCCAAGCAGGCAGAGGGGGGCCCUGUCCUCAAGGAGCCAGAAGAUGCCCAUGUCCCCAAGCAGGCAGAGGGCGACCCUGUCCUCAAGGAGCCAGAAGAUGCCCAUGUCCCCAAGCAGGCAGAGGGCGACCCUGUCCCCGAGGAGCCAGAAGAUGCCCAUGUCCCCAAGCAGGCAGAAAUAAUCUUGUCCCUGAGUAGGUACUCAGUGAUCCUGUCCCCAGGCAGGUGAAAGUGAUCUUGUCCCCAAGGAACCAGAAGAUGCCCAUGUCCCCAAGCAGGCAGAAGGCGUUCCUGUCCCCAGGCAGGCAGAGCAGCCAGAAAGCAAUCCUGUCCCCGAGCAGGCAGAGCAGGCAGGAGGAGCAGAGGUUGGCAGCGAGCACAAGGUGGCUGGCACAUGGGAUGACGAUGCCCCGAGGGCGGCAAUGCCCUGUGGGGUGACGAUGCCUCGCAGGGUGACGAUGCCACGUGGGGUAACGAUGCCCCACAGGGUGCUGAUGCCUUGUAGGGUGACGAUGCCUGAUGGGGUGACGAUGCCCCAUGCAGUGACAAUGUCUCUUGGGGUGACAAUGCCCCAUGGGGUGACAGUGCCUUGCAGGUUGAUGUCCCCAAGGGGUGACGAUGCCCCAAGGGCCAGGUGCUGUGGGGCCAGCCAGGAGCUCCAGUGCUAUGUGUCCAUGGGCAGCUCUGCCCCAUGUCCCCUCUGUGCUGGGGCAGAGCUGGCCCCUCUCCCAGGGCUGGGUGCUUGGAAAGCCAGGUGCCACGUGGCCGGGGCUGUACGGUGUCCCCAUGGGUUUCUCCUGGGACACCCUGGCGCCUCGCCGACAGCAGGGGGUGGUAGCUGGGAUCUGCCCACCCCAGAACAGCCACUCCAGCUCUGGCUGC